CCGGAGUCUGUGUGGCACAGCUCACCCUGCCUCGUCGCAAUGCCACAGAUUUCCAACAAUGACCAAUGCAAUCGAAAUAUCCGACGAUGACCGCACAGCGUCAUCAGUGGAUGACAAUACGUCCUUGAAACCAACGACACUCGGGAAACGGAAACCGAGAUGCGACUUUGAAGAAAAGGUCGCCUGGACCGACGAUGAGUCCGAUCGCGACGAGUAUUCGAAGCGCCAACGAACGACAAAGCGCAGGAAUUAUACCAAGGGGAAAGGGAAAGGGGCAGUUGGGAAGGGUGCCGCCCGCGGGACAACGCUCGCGAAGAAGACCGCCGCCGAUGCAUUCACCACGCAGGGCCAGUAUGCCGACGCCUGCGUGCCAGAAUACCUGCUGCAGCGAAAGAAAAACUUCGACAGGGACAGAGAGCUGCUGAAGGAUGCGGGGCUCAAGCUGCCCCCGGAUUAUUCCGACAUCUACUUCUCGGACGACGAGCUUCUAUCGGCCCUCGAGGAGCGCCCCAAGUUCGACGACAGCAGCGGCGUCAAGCCGUGUCGGCCCUACCAGGACAUUGAGCUCGAGUAUUCGGCAGGCAUAAUCCCGGCCGCGAUUGCACAGUAUCUCCGCGACUACCAGAUUGCCGGCGUCAAGUUCCUGCACCAGCGGUUCGUUUAUCAGAAGGGCUGCAUCCUGGGCGACGACAUGGGUCUGGGGAAGACGAUACAGGUCAUUGCGUUUCUUACGGCCGCCUUCGGGAAAACGGCCGACGAGCGAGACGCGAAGCGGAUGAGGAAAAUGCGACGGGCGGGCGACCACUGGUACCCUCGGGUACUGAUCGUCUGCCCCGGCUCGCUGCUCCAGAACUGGCGGAACGAGCUGGAUCGCUGGGGUUGGUGGCACGUUGACACAUACCACGGCGCCGGGAAGGAAGACGUUCUGCAAGCGGCCAGGGCCGGGAGGCUAGAGAUCAUGAUUACGACCUACGGCACCUACAAGAGGAUGCGCGAGGCAGUCAAUGAGGUCGAGUGGGACUGCGUCGUCGCCGACGAGUGCCAUGUUCUCAAAGAUCGCAAGUCCGAGACCACCCAGGCCAUGGAUGAGGUAAACGCCCUCUGCAGGAUUGGCUUGACCGGCACGGCCAUACAGAACAAGUACGAGGAGCUCUGGACGCUCCUGAACUGGACAAACCCCGGCCACUUCGGGACGCUUGCCGAAUGGACACAGACCAUCACGAAGCCUCUAACCGUCGGCCAGUCGCAUGACGCUACGCUCAAGCAGCUCAGCAUUGCCAGGACGACGGCCAAGAAGCUGGUUCAGAACCUGCUCCCUGACUUCUUCCUGCGGCGCAUGAAGACGCUCAUCGCGCACCAGCUCCCCAAGAAGAGCGACAGGGUCGUCUUUUGCCCCCUAACAGAUAUCCAGCGAGAGGCCUACCAAAAUUUCUUGGAAGGGGACCAAGUCGUCACCAUCAUCACCGCGUCCGAGCCCUGUGACUGCGGUUCGGGGCACAAGAGAGGCUGGUGCUGCUACCAGUCACUGCCCGAUGGGAGGCUGUGGAAGAGCCUGGUAUUUCCGACCAUCAUGACUCUCCAGAAGAUCUCGAACCACCUGACACUCCUGAUUCCCUCUGCCACCGACCCCAGCGACAAGCAGAGCUCCGAGCUUAACGCGCUCCAGACCUGCGUGCCGGAGGACUGGGAAGAGCUAUACCGGAACCGAGAUUCGAUGCUCAAUCUGGCGAACCCCGAGUUUUGCGGGAAGUGGAAGAUCCUGAAGAAGCUGCUGCGCUUCUGGCACGAGAAUGGAGACAAGGUUCUCGUCUUCUCGCACAGUGUGCGACUCCUGCGCAUCCUACAGCACCUGUUCCACAAUACGAGCUACAAUGUUAGCUUUCUAGAUGGGUCUCUGAGCUAUGAAGAUCGGCAGAAGGUAGUCGACGACUUCAACUCCGAUGCCUCCCAGUUUGUGUUCCUCAUCUCGACUAAGGCCGGAGGAGUCGGCCUCAACAUCACCUCGGCCAACAAGGUGGUCAUCUUCGAUCCACACUGGAACCCGUCGUACGACCUGCAGGCUCAAGAUCGAGCAUACAGAAUCGGUCAAGUGCGUGAUGUCGAUGUGUUCCGCCUCGUGUCAGCAGGAACCAUCGAGGAGAUUGUCUAUGCUCGCCAGAUCUACAAACAGCAGCAAGCCAAUAUCGGCUACAACGCGUCCAACGAGCGACGCUAUUUCAAGGGCGUGCAGCGGGACAAGCACCGAAAAGGGGAGAUCUUCGGGCUGCAAAACCUCCUCAGUUUCCACGACGAUCAGGUCGUCCUGCGGGAAAUUGUCAAUAAGACCAACGUCGCUGAGGCCAAAGCCGGCGUCUACCUCAGCGACAUCGACAUCGACCGAAUAGCCAAGGACGAAGACGACGAGCUGAACUAUAUCAAGCAGGAAGACGACGACGAGGAAGGCGGCAUCAGCCAGCUGGCCAAACUCCUGACCACCGAAAACCAGGAAGAGCUGAUCAAGGCCAAAAUGGCCACCAAGCCGAAAAGCGACGCCAUCGCGGCCAUCCUCGCCUCCGCCGGCGUGGAAUACACCCAUGAAAACUCCGAGGUGAUUGGCACCAGCCGCGUCGAGGCGCAGCUCUCGCGCCGCGCCGAGCUGGCCGUGAUGCCAGAUAGCCAAGACCCGGAGGGCAACAGCGCGCUGUUCGCCGACAGCCAGGCUAACCACGUGGCUCCGGCGGGUAGCGGCGGCGGCGCUGACAACAACACUAACAAGGCCUGGGGGAAGAACAACCCGUGGAGGAUGCACUACGUGUUCAAUCCGCCCGACGACGUCAUGCGGCGCCAGUUCUGCUCCAUGGCGAGGGAGUUUGGUUUCUCUAAUGCGACCGAAUUCGCGCUUGUCGUCGAGAGCUGGACGCAGGAGCAGCGCAGGAACUGCUUAGAUAUGUUUUACAGGGUCAGAGAGGUCAAGGUGUUGGAGAGGGAGGUGGCUGCGUUGAAAAAGGAGGAGCCGGAUCCUACUGAUACUGCGGCUAAGGCGGCGGAGAUGGUCAAGACUGAGUCGGUUGCUACUAGUAGUACUACGACUACUAAGACGGAAAGUGAGGGGGCUGUGGUCAAGGAGGAGAAGAUGGCAUCGCCGUCUCCGACCCGGGUCAAAGUUGAGAAGGUAGAGGUUAAGAGGGUGCCGACGAUAUCCUUGUUUGACGAUGACGAGGAUGAUGAGCUUUGAUUGUAGCUUGCAUUGGCUUUUUACACUGGCGUUGGAGGAUGGAUGAUACCCCGAGCGUUUUCGAUUUCAAGAUUCUAACUUCCCGGUUCUCAAACAUAGAUGCUAGUGCGUUUAGGUCUUGACUACCUACCGAUAUAAUAUGGCCAACGGGAUCCUUUUUGCCCGUUGGACUUUUCCCUUGUCACAGGACAUUCCCACAGGAAUCAGUCUUUCGAUCAGAGGGCCUACUGCCUGCUCACAGGCAUCAUGAAGGUACUCAGGGCACUACUCUAGUAUCAUCAUGUUACCAUUGACAUUACAGAGUUUCGGACACGGGGAUCGAUCCAUGAAGUACGUA